AAGCUGUUUUUUGGGGCGGAAGUGGCGCCAUGACACUGCGUUAUAUCAACGUGAGAGGCGAGUUUUGCACUGCGGAUUAAAAAGCGAAUAAACGGAGAAUUUCAGCCCAAAAUCAUGAGUCUUCUGAACAAGCCAAAGUCUGAGAUGACUCCUGAGGAGCUCCAGAAGCGGGAGGAGGAGGAGUUCAACACCGGGCCACUGUCCGUCCUCACACAGUCUGUCAAGAACAACACGCAGGUCCUCAUCAACUGCCGCAACAACAAGAAGCUGCUGGGCCGCGUGAAGGCGUUCGACAGGCACUGUAACAUGGUUCUGGAGAACGUGAAGGAGAUGUGGACGGAGGUACCCAAGAGCGGCAAAGGCAAGAAGAAGUCCAAACCAGUCAAUAAGGAUCGCUACAUCUCCAAGAUGUUCCUGAGAGGAGACUCUGUCAUCGUGGUUCUGAGGAACCCUCUCAUCACCGGCAAAUAGACUGUCCACCUUUACGCUGCGACACCAGGCAGUCUGUGGUUCUAGAGGAGCGGGGGAACCAGAAUAAUACGUCAUAUUAACAUGGUACUGCAGUGUUGGUGAAGCUCAGUGGUUUGGAUUCAGGGAGAUCAGGACGGCCUGCAACGGUGCUGUGGUUUUGGAGGUGUUUGCUUGUGUGGAGAGUCGACUGUGAGAUCGAUUUUGUUUUGGAUUUUAUUUCAGAGGCUUUGAUUUGUCUUCAGAAUAAAGUUUUGUACUCACAAAAAAUGAA